AUGGUCAAGAUGCGGAUUCCCAUCCGCGAACAGUUGGGAUGUCUGGUUCUGCUGGCGUCCAUGAUAGGCCUGGCCGUCAUAGCCGUCGCAACAUGGCUCACCAACCACAACUUCGUGCUCAACAUCCGCUCGACUCGCCUGACGCUGACAGCCUCGCUCAAAGCCGCUCAGCUCUCCUCGAAUCUGAACUUGAUGCAAAUCCUGUCCCAGCAGGCUGCGAACCGCCUCUCCCCGCAGGCUGCCCUCAACCGAUACUACGACGGCAACACCUCGGACGCGAACUGGGCCCGAGUCGACGAGGACUACGAUGCUAUCUUCUCUGGUGAUAUGCGGACCCGUGUGGCUGUCCAGGCCCAGAUAUACCCCUUCAAUUCCUCCGAGCGCUCCGUCUUCCACCGGACCGCACAGAGCAUGAGGGACGUUGUGCUGCCCAUACUCAAACCCGACGGCACGAAUGCGACGCUAGGCGAUGACGAGUACGGCUUCAUUCCCGAGCUCUACCCCAAGUUCUCUGUCGAGACGAUUCCCUACAACGACACCUUCAACACCUACAAGGCACACUACGAAGGCAGGACCAUUGACAACACGAGCUACCUCUUCACCGGGCCCUACCGCGUUAACGAAACACUCAGCUUGGUCUCGGUCACCAUACCCAUCAUCAACAACACGUCCAACAUUGACACCCUAGGAUGGCUGACGGCUGUCCUGGACGCGUCGCUGAUUACCAAUGUCGUCAACGCCAUGGAAGGUCUGGACAACAGUGGUCUUACCCUGCUGUUCGGCCCGGACAAUGCCACGAAUACCUUUCCUCCGGCAUAUCUGUACGACGCCGAUACCCCCAACGCUCCCGAGAACGUACAGGUUCGCUACCUCGCCCCGCCAACACAGCGAGCAAAGGUGCAACGGCAUGGCCAAUACGACACCUCUCUUGACCCGCCUCCGUUCGACUGGGCAAGAUAUCCCGCCAUUCGCAAGGGUUUUACCAAGCCUACUGGCGCCACCAACAAUGCUGGUAGCAUCAUCUCCACCAGAAACGAGGAUGGCGACGAUGUUGCCGUUGGGUACGCUGUCGUUAACAGUCCCAUGGUCGACUGGAUGAUUGUGGUAGAGCAGACCCACGAUGAGGUCUGGGGACCCAUCUACCACCUCCGGAACGUCAUCCUUGCCUGUGUGUUUGGCACGAUGGGUGCAAUGCUGCUUCUGGCAUUCCCCGUCGCACACUUCUCCAGUCAACCCAUUCGAAGAUUACGCGACGCUACCAAAAAGACAGUAGCGCCUCACAUGUUUGAGGACGACGACUUCAGCUCGCAAAACGAUGGCGCCAACGACAGUUCGGAAGAUGCGGCCCUUGCCCGCAAAGAGGGCUUCUUCGGUCAAAUCAUACAUUACCGGAGAAACGCAAAAAUGAACCGAGCAGAGAAGAAGGAAGCCGAGAGGCGGAGACAGUUCCGCAUUCCAGGCAAAGUCAAGGACCGCAAACACUUCAUUCACGAUGAACUCACGGAUCUGACAACGACCUUCAACGAGAUGACGGAUGAGUUGAUGAUGCAAUAUGAGAAGCUGGAAGAGCGGGUAGCACAAAGAACAGCUGAGCUCGAACAGAGCAAGAAGGCGGCCGAGGCGGCCAACGAGAGCAAGACGCUGUUCAUUGCGAACAUUUCGCACGAAUUGAAGACACCACUCAACGGUAUUCUGGGCAUGUGCGCCGUGUGCAUGUCGGAAGACGACCCAAACAAGCUGAGACGGUCGCUAGGCAUCAUCUACAAGAGUGGAGACUUGCUACUCAAUCUACUGACAGAUCUCUUGACGUUUAGCAAGAACCAGGUCGGUCAACAGCUCAGUCUUGACGAAAAAGAGUUCCGGCUACGGGACAUUAGUUCUCAAGUCUUGGCCAUUUUCGAAAAGCAAGCAAGAGAGGGCGGCAUCAAGCUCGCUGUCGAAUUCGAGGGACCAUACGAGAACAACCUGGACGAUAGCGGACGGCCGAACGAGCUUCGCGACCUCGGGCCUUUCGGGCUUGGUCGACUCAAGGACAUGGUUCUGUACGGCGAUCAACAUCGAAUACUUCAGGUGGUCAUCAACCUGGUAUCGAACAGUCUCAAGUUUACGCCACAGGGUGGUUCUGUCACGCUUACCAUCCGUUGUCCCGGCGAGGCACACAUGUCAGACAGUCGCAAGGCGUCUCUGCAAUCACGGCAGAGCUCAACGCGCAACUCGAAAACCCGCGUAAGAGCCUCCGCGUCAGAGGUAGGAUCCGUCUCAAUUGCAACACCGAGCGACAACUUUGGAACCGCCAACGUCAUCAACGUCAUGGGCAAGGGAGAUGCGUUCUCCCGCUACAUGGCUCAGGAGCGAGCCCCAACACCGCCACCGGGACGGUGGUUGUCUUUCGAGUUUGAAGUCGAGGACACUGGCCCAGGUAUUCCCGACCAUCUACAUGCCAAGAUUUUCGAGCCUUUCGUUCAAGGCGACUUGGGUCUAAGCAAGAAGUUUGGUGGCACCGGUCUUGGCCUGAGUAUCGUCUCGCAGCUGGCUGGUUUGAUGAAGGGUACGAUCGGUCUCAAGAGUGAGGUCGGACACGGAAGUGUCUUCACUAUGGUAAUACCGUUGAAGCACCUUACAAGUCGGGCCGACAGUACAGCCAGCUCCAGGAACGUGAACCUGGAAACCGGGACACCGCGCCGCAGCUUAUCGAUCGACGAGCCGCCGCGAGGUCGCUCACAUGAUGACGCGCUUUCGGCCCGCUCGAUACAAUCCGCUACAAGUGGCCCGAUCGUCGCUGGGAACACCGCUGCUACUGCUCCGUCCGGGCCAGUUGCAUUCGACACCGAUACCCAGCCUCGUCUUGUCGGUCUUAGUCAGCCUUUCUUCGCUUCGAAUGCGCCAUUGGAAUCACCAAACUCGCAGGUCGCCGCUAUGAAGCGUGUUGAAGCCGAAGCAACAAAACGUGGAGACAAAGUAAAGGUUCUCGUCGCCGAAGACAACAAGACAAAUCAAGAGGUUGUACUGCGCAUGUUGAAGCUUGAAGAUGUGUACGAUGUCACUGUCGCAAAGGACGGUCAGGAAGCGCUCGACUUGGUCAUGGAAAGUAUGGAACGCAAAGCUCCAUACAACCUCAUCUUCAUGGAUGUCCAAAUGCCCAACCUGGAUGGUCUGCAAUCAACGCGACUGAUCCGGCAGUCUGGUUUCUCCGCCCCCAUUGUCGCCCUGACAGCUUACGCGGAGGAGAGUAACGUGAAGGAAUGCCUUGACUCAGGCAUGGACUUCUUCCUCUCGAAACCUAUCCGCCGCCCCGCCCUCAAACACGUCCUCAAAACAUACUGUCCUACUAUUCCAGAAGAAGAGUCGGAUACAACACCACCCGGUUCUGCGGUCUUGACGCCGAAGCCAAAUGGUGUAGCGGUGAAGCCUGCCCCACCAGCGGCGGGGUCCACGGCGCCAUUCACCAUCGUUUCGGGAACGAGCGAUAACCGGCGUGCCGAUGAAUCGCCAGCCAUAUCGCCCAUGACCUCGCCCGCAGCGUAG